AACAGUUGACAAGUAUCUGGUGACAAUGUCAAAUCUGUCAGUCCUUGACACUAUUAUUGUCGAAUGUCUAAACCAGAGACAAGUACUUGUCUCUGGUCUAAACAAUAACAAGCAUUUAAUUUAUAUUUAGCGCUAAGAAGAGCUUUGCAAUUAUCCGGCAAUUAAUCCUAUGGAAGAUAUAGAAUGGACAGUCGUAAACGAGGGCCAACUGUUAGACGCAAUGGUGGGCCACAAACCAGUCGGAGUGAACAAGUACUUUCAAAUGGCCCUCAUCUGCGACAAAUUUGCCGAUAAUUUGCGCAAAGACGUGAACCCGCAAAAAGUUUGGGCUCACUUAGAAACCAUGUAUAACCUAGAAGCGCUGGAUGAAAACGAGACGAUACCAUUUCCGAAUAAAGAGAAGGAGUUCACUUUGCCCCAAUCAGAAUUCGGAGAACUAUUGGUGAAGAAAGAGGAUGAGGAGAAGAAGGGCACAACAGAAACACCAAAAUUGUCUACCAAAGAAGCGAAGAAAGAAGACAAAGGUUCGGUGAAACAACCAAAGGACGAUACUCCCAGAAGAGACAGUAAAGACAGCAAUAAGUCGUUGAGCAGUAAAAAGGAGGCGAAGAAAGACACAGAGAAAGUGGGAAAGCAAUUAGGAAAAGGGAGAAAUCCUGGCACGCCCAAGGAAGGAAAAAGCAGGAGUGAUGACACCCCCAAGCUUACCAAGAGAACUAGAGGGAGCUUGAAAUCAAACGAUGACUCUGGGUCAAGUGGAAAGUCUAGUCCGGUGACAAUAACUCCUGCAACGGGCAAAAGACGAAGGAUCGUUUAGAAAGCAUCUAUUUAGGCUGAAUUAGAAAACCUAGAUUUAGGGGCCAAAAAUGCGUUUCUAAAUGACCUAUUCAUUUUUAAUUUUGUACAUAUUUUUAUUAGCAGAGAUCUAUGAAAUUAGCUAAUUUUUGUCUCAAAGUCUACCUUGAUAGUUCUGUAAAACUAAACAAAUUACAAUAAGGGAAAUAGGAGAUGCAGGGUAUAAAUCUUCUAGAUAGUUCACUUUUAGAUAAGUAAAUAAACUAAACAAUAGUUGAA